AUGAGCAUGGAUCCAGAGGCCGAUUAUCCCACAGACGAGGGGGAGAUUGAAGGAUACAGCAGCCAUGAGAUUAGACCUUUCCACGCAACGGAAUUCAGCCAGUCGGGACUGGAGUCGCGGCAGGCGGACACUUCAUCCGACAGCGAAGAAACUGUGAUUCGAAAGAGUCGACCAUCGCAAAAACGGCGUGCCGAGGGCGAAGCUAUUGAACCAAUUCUCAAACGCCACAAAGGUCAUUUCAAUAGCAAAUACCUUGAUCUAUUAAACGGGGACAUCGUAGAUGCUGCAAAUCAGAAUGCAGUGAGCACGGCAGAUGAGCUUCCACUUUCUCAGAUCGGCCUGACAAUUUGGACGCCGUUUGAGAAGAAGCUUUUUUUUGAAGCACUAUCCAAACUCGGCAAAGACAACCUGAAGGGCAUUUCGGAUAAGAUACGGUCUAAGAGUGAGGUCGAAGUUCGCCAGUAUAUCACGCUACUCCAGGACGCCAUUGAACGAAGAGAGCAGGAACAGGAGCGUGGGCUGGAAUCCCUGGAAUUGGCAGAAUAUCCUGCAGCCGUCGAAAUAAGUCAACCUUGCUGCUUUGCGCUCGAGGAAGCAGCCGAUGCUUUAUCACUCAGGCAAGAGCGUCAUGAAGAGCUCGUCGAGCAAAAGAGAUGGGGCGAGUGCUGGAAUAUUACACAAGAGCUUGCUAAGCGCAUCGAGGGAGACCAUGGACUCGAAAAGGACCCAAACUUCGCUAGCAAUCACGGUCUAGCAUUCACCGAAGUUUUUCGCAUUAAGAACUUCCUCCAACUGCCGGAGCGAAUGUUCAUGAACGCAGCUUAUGCCGAAAACAACUGGCAAUACAUCAGUGAGGAGCCGCCGACCAUCAGAGCUACCGCCAUGCAAGAUUUUCAUUCGCUGUUAGUUUCUCUCACCAAGAAGAUCGUCCUCACAACGCUAUUUAUGGCAGAAUCAAGAAUCAGGGCAAAAAGGAAGGUAGAGCCCUCCACAAAGGGUCUUGUGAGACGAAAGGACGUCGAGGCAGCGGUCGCCUCUUUGGGCAUGAAGCAAGAUAGUAAUGAGUUCUGGGUGACAUCUGCGCGUAGACUUCGCCUGGAAGUCUGGGACGAGGGGCCAGAGUCCCCCGAGUCAACAAGUCAGGAGACCGACGGGGAGGAACAGCCGAUGUCAUAUGACGAAGUAGAAAAGGCCCUUCGGCAGGACUUGGAUAUAACCCAGCUCAAGCAUACCGAAGAUACGUCUCAAACGCGGGGUACCAAAGUGGAGGACGUCGAGGUAAUCGCGUCGGAAUCGGAGCAGGAUGAAGAGGCAGGAUCGGGACAUCCGGAUAGCGACUCGUCUAUCCCUAUGAACGAUGCCGAGCAUGAGGUUAACGAGGAAGCGAAGGAAGUGCUACACUAUGCCGCUUACGACUUCCCUGAAACGCACCGCACAAGGGAGGCUCUGAAGCAUAGGAUCAGAAACGAACGGGCGCAUGAGGCUUACGCCGAAGCGGAAGACGCGAAAGCAUCGUAUGAGACAGAAAUGGAGAUGUGGAGGCUUUUACAGAGACAGCCUCCAGAGUCGUUGGUGAAGCCGGUCUCUUUGAACCGCAGUCGGAGAGUGAUGAAAAAUGUGGAGGAGAUUUACGAUGUUGGCCGACAGUGGAGAGGGAUGCUAACAUAUCAUAGCGAGUGGGAGAUGCUUGGCGCAUCAAAAUUGCCAACCAGGAAGCCUUGA